GGAGGAGGAGGCGCUCUGGUUGAGACCAACAGCGAUCCGAAGCGGCGCUGAGCGUGAGCGUCUUUCCUCCAGCGGUGUGGAAAAAAAAAUCAAGUUUGUGAGCGGCCGUCUGGACAUGAGUUGCACCGGAGUGGUACUGGCAUCUUCAGAGCAGCCGAGAGAUGAACUGAGGACGAGGAGGAGAGACUCGGUUUUUUUUCGUUCCCCCCGCCAGCGUCCGAGACCGUACAGAGAAACCAUGAGGCCGCAGAGGAGCCCGGGACCGGCCGCCCUGCUGGUCUGCUGCUUCUGUGCCUUUCACGCUUCUGCAGCCUUCGACAUCCCGCUGCAAGUUUUAGGUCACAUAAACAUCGAGCAGCUGCCCACCAUCACAGCUCAGUCGCCCAGCUCGCUCAUCGCCUUCCCGUUUGAUGAGAGCUUCCCCCUGACGUGUGAAGCCAAGGGGAACCCCGAGCCAGAAUUCAGAUGGACAAAGAAUGGCCAGGAAUUCGACCCCUUCCUCGACCCCCGCCUGAUGAAAGAAGAGAAUUCUGGGACCUUUGUGAUACCCAAUAAUGGGAACCUUACUGAGUACCAGGGAACCUAUCGCUGCUAUGCCUCAAACAAACUGGGGACCGCCAUAUCGAAGGAGAUUGAGUUCAUUGUGCCCAAUGUCCCAAAAUUCCCAAAAGAGACUCUUGACCCUGUGGUGGUGGAGGAGGGCCAGCCGUUCGUCUUAAAAUGUGAUCCACCCACCGGUAUCCCACCUCUGCAGAUCUACUGGAUGACGAUCAAUCUGCAGCACAUCGAGCAGGACGAGAGAGUUUCCACCGGACUGAACGGAGACCUCUACUUCUCCCACGCCGUGGACAAAGACAGCAGGAGGGACUACUGCUGCUUCGCCGCCUUCCCCAGAAUACGAACCAUCGUUCAGAAGACCGCCAUGUCUGUCGUCGUCAAGACGAAAACGAGUGACAGUCCUGGAAGUGCUAACGCCAUCCCAGAGAGAAGGCCCUCGCUUCUGACGCCCUCUGGUGUGCGAUCCGAGGUACUGCUGGUCAAAGAGGAGGACUUGAAGCUGGAGUGUAUUGCUGAGGGACUUCCGACGCCACAGGUGGAGUGGGUCAAGAUGGGGCAUCAGCUUCCCGCUAAAGCCAAGCUGGAGAAUCACGGCAAGCUGCUGAUCGUGCCGAGAGUGGAGCAGGACGACGGCGGGAAGUACAUGUGCAAGGCGAAGAACCGGCUGGGAGAAGCCGUCCAUUACUUCACCGUGACCGUGGAGGAGCCUCCGGAGUGGAAGCUGGAACCGGAGAGUCAGCUCAGCAUGAUCGGCUCGAACGUGCACAUCAAGUGCUCCGCCGGCGGGAUCCCUGAGCCCGUCACCACGUGGAGGGUGAACGGCGUGCCUCUGCAGGAGUCUCCGGCAGCGAACCGGAAGGCUUUCCGCGACACCGUGGUUCUCCAUAACGCCAAGGCCUCCGACAGCGCCGUGUACCAGUGCGAAGCCUCCAACAGACACGGGACGCUCCUGUCAAACGCCAACAUCAUGAUUAUGAAUCUGCGCCCCAUGAUUUUGACCCCGGGUGAGGAGAGCUACUCUGCUGUGGAGGGGAAGGCAGUGACGAUGCACUGCGAGGUCUUCAGCUCGCCUCCUUCCACCGUCACUUGGAGCAGGGAAGACUCCUCUGAAUCUGUGGACGGACACAGAUUUACCGUUCAUGACAACGGGUCCCUGGAGAUCGAACAACUCGAGAAAGGCGACACCGGUCAGUACACGUGCCUGGCUAAAAACACGGAGGGACUGUCCGCCAUCAACGCCUUUCUGUAUGUAAAAGAUCCCACUAGAAUAAGCGCCCCCCCGGAGGACCAGCAGAUCUUAAUAGGUACCACGGCCCGGCUCUCAUGCCUGGCGGAGUACGACAAGUCCUUCAGCAAUGACUUUGAGCUCCUGUGGGAAAAAGAUGAUAUGGAGAUAGGCCUCAACUACACCGAGAAUUCAAGAUACCUGGUGGAGGAGGGUGUUCUUCACAUCAUCAACGUGAGCCACGCAGACCAGGGCGUGUACACGUGCGUGGCCAGAACUCCGGUGGACCAGGACGUGGCGUCGGCUCUCCUCAUGGUCUUAGACGUUCCCGACGCGCCGGAGAACCUGCUUCUGUCUGAACACAAGGGCAAAAGUGUGAAGCUGAAAUGGAUCCCCGGGGACGAGCACAACAGCUCAACCACAGAGUUCAUCAUCCAGUUCGAGGAGAGUCAGUGGGAGCCGGGAAACUGGAAGGAGCUGCUGCGGGUCCCCGGGAACCACAACUCGGCCACGCUCAAACUCCACGGACACGUCGACUACAGAUUCCGAGUUUCCGGCGUGAACGGCAUCGGGACGGGCCCGCCCAGCGAGCCCACCGAGAGAUACAAGACCUCACCCAGAGCCCCCGACAAGAACCCUGAAAAUAUCAAAAUCGAAGGUCAUUUGCCACAUGAAAUGGAUAUCAACUGGGAGCCGCUGCUCCCCAUCGAGCACAACGGCCCCGGGCUGGAGUACAAGGUGAGCUUCCGACGGCAGGACCUGGAGGACGACUGGACGGAGCACACGGUGAAGAGGCACUCCUUCGUGGUGAAGAACACGCCCACCUUCGUGCCCUAUGAGAUCAAGAUUCAAGCCAGGAACCAUCAGGGCUGGGGCCCCGAGCCCAAGAUAGUGACCGGAUACUCAGGAGAGGACUUUCCCUCUGCUGCGCCCGAUGAUGUGAAGGUGGAGGUGAUGAACAGCUCCGUGGUCAAGGUUAGCUGGACACGAGUGCACAAGGACAAGUUGCACGGACAUCUGGGAGGCUACAGGGUGAACUGGUGGCGUCUGCGUAGCCUGGUGGACUCCAAGAAGAGUCACGGGGAAAGACAAAUGCUGAGCUUCCCGGGGGACCGCAGCCACGCCACGGUACCGGGACUGACGCCCUUCUCCGAGUACAGCCUCAUCGUCAUGACCUUCAACGGACGGGGCAACGGCCCGGGAAGCCAUCCUGCCAGCUUCAAAACCCCAGAGGGAGUCCCGGAGAAAAAUCCUGUUUUCAGGGUCACAGAUGUACAGAGGCACACGGUCUCGCUGGCCUGGGCCCCUCCCCUGGAGCCUAAUGGGAUUCUGACCGGAUACCUACUGCAGUAUCAGCUCAUCAAUGACACGGAGGAGGUGGGCCCCCUGCAGACGGUGGACGUCAGCAACGCCGACACCACCAAGUGGGUCCUGCGAGAGCUGGAGCCCCUGAGCAAAUACAAGCUGUACCUGCGCUCCUGCACGGCGGUGGGCUGCGGGCCCGUCGCCAGCGAGGAGGUCACCACAACCCUCCAAACGACUUCGUCUUUGGGUUCUACUGUUGUCCUCAGCAAGUCAGCUUCCCCCUCACCUCCAAGCACUCCAAAGUCCCCAGUGACCAAACCCACUCGUUCCACCAUAGCACCGGGCCUGUUAGCCGUUAGCUCGUCCGUUAGCGACAGCUUUGCGAAUAUCAGCUGGGUGUCCGAAGGAGAGCACGCCGAGUUCUAUGUUGCAUAUAUGAACAACCGUGAGGGUCACUGGAAGAUAUCACAGGCCAUAAACACCUCUCAGGCUUUCCACGUCAUUGACGGGCUCGAUCCUGAGACUGAGUACACUGUGCGCCUUAUCCCUAACAGCUGGCUCAGUAACUCUAGCAUAUUCCAAGAUGUUAUCAAGACCGAGGCCACAGGUCUGCCCAGCGUGCACGGGGGAAUCUCCACGCAGGGCUGGUUCAUCGGCCUGAUGUGUGCCAUCGCCCUGCUCACGCUCAUCGUGCUCAUCGCCUGCUUCGUCAACAGGAACAAAGGUGGAAAGUAUUCAGUGAAAGAAAAAGAAGACCUUCACCCAGACGUGGAGUCCCAGGGCAUGAAUGACGACACUUUUUGCGAAUACAGCGACAACGACGAGAAGCCGCUGAAGGGCAGCCAGCACUCGCUGAGCAGGGAGAUCAAAGCGGGGGACAGCGGGGACAGCCUGGUGGACUACGGCGACGAGGACGCCCAGUUCAACGAGGACGGCUCCUUCAUCGGCGAGUACGCCGGCCGCAAGGAGAAGAGGGCGUCCGCCGAGAUCAAAGCCGCCGUCCAGACCCCGGCGUGAGGACCGCCGGUACCCACCUGACACCCGUUCCCCUCCCCCACCCGCCGCCCCGCUGCCCCGCCGGACACCGUUUUCAUUCAACCUGUUGGGACUAAGAAAUGAAACAGAAACAGACAUUCUCCACCCUGAGUGCAGGUUUUGUGUCAAAUGUAAACAACAAAAAAAAAAAAAGAAAGAAAAAAGAAAAAUCGUAAUGCGUCAUUGCCAACAGCACACUGCCAUUCCUCCGAUUUCUAAAGCUCUGUUGAGACGCAACAGAAUGACCAUUACUAAAUACUGUGUAUAUAUAUAGUGUAUAUUGUAUGUGCGGAGUGUCUUUUUUUUAUAUAAUUAUUAUGACAUAAAAAU